AUGUCCACCACAUCUUUCGACCUCGGUCUCAGUCUUGGGGAACCAAUCAUUUGCCUCAAUACCUCCUGCAACUACCCUUUCGGACGCAUUUGCUCCUCAUGCUCAAACGAACUCGAUUCUCGAGCCCAGGCACAAGCACAAUCCCAAUCGAAAACCAGCCCCGAUUCCAACCACAGAAGUAACGAUACUCGUCCCGCACGAUCAAGAAGUACAACUGUGCAAUCCCGCAGUCUUGAUAUUCCUACACGCGUCGCGGAUAUUGUAGAGGAUCUCCAGGGGAUUUUCGCUUUCGUACCUGCUGCAUCUGCAGUAACCUCACUAGGUGUACCAGCACCCGUUAUCCCUCCACCCCCCAGUAAGUUAACCAUUCAGAAUCUUCAAAUUCUCGAUGCCACUCCCUCCCCCUUACAACUUCUCCCUUCCCCUCACCCACUCCCUCCCCUCUCUAACCUCCCAUCCCCAUCCCCAUCCACAUUCAAUUCCUCCGACUCCAUCCCACCCCCUCUCAAUCUACUCAGCUCCACCAUCCUCAACACCUGGCUCGACGACAUCGUCCUCCGAACUCUCGAAGGACAAGUCCUCGCACCAUCAUUUACGGGCGGUGCAGAAGAUGAAGAUAUACUGGAAACGAUGUGUCCAUAUUGUGAUGCUUCGAUGGGAGAGGGUGCGUGGAGGGAAUUGCAUUUGAUUAAUUGUCGGUAUGCGCAUGUAGAGGCGGAGAAGUUGGAGAUUGCGAUGGGGAAGAUGAAGAGGGGGAAUUGA